AUGACUACGGAAUCCGUUUCCGACGCUAAUCCGUCGGUUCAGAGAGAUUUCGGCGACAUUCAAGGGCUGCAGACGGAGGCAAAGCGACAAUUCGAUACCGAUAUCAUCCUGAGAAACUCGAUACAAGGUGCUCCAAACAGAUUCGAGGCUAAGGGCCGUGUUCUAAGAGCCUCAGACGUGCUGCUCUCUUUAGUCGGCAGAUCUACGAGCGAAACGGAUGAUGCAUAUCCCGGUAUUGCAAGUCCUCAGGAGGCUUUGCGUUAUUUUCCUCCGUUCCGAGACGAUGAUGGGACCAUAUUUGGUGCAGUGGAUAUCAAUUGUCCCGACUGCGAUGCGGUUUUCUCUUCGUCUCUAAUCACAAAAGGAUACCGCGUUGAGAAACGCUUUAUUCCGCUCAACUCACGCCCCAUCUGCUUUUUCUGUGGUAACUGUGAAAGGCCAUUUACAUUUGGCGAUGGUGAGGAAGAAGGGCUUGAUCGGCAACGAAAUACGCCAUUUUUGGUUGACUGCAAGCACUGUGGUGAACCAUGCAAUGUCUCAUACCAGCCGAUCUUGAACGAUCCGCGGGACGACAUCGUUGUUAGAGGCACGGCCAGAGACAUGGCUAGUGCUAAUCACAGUCGGAGUUCUAGCUUUACGCAAAAAGGUUCCAUGAGCUCCAAAGUUCCAUCAACGAACGGCACUGGGGACCAGUCCUUUUCCAGAAAGGCCCGAAAGAUACGUGAAUCAUGGUCGUUUAGAAAGUUCUCACAAGGGGAAGAGGAUGAGCUGGUCGCUAUCGGAUUCUCGGGGCUAUAUGACCUGGAACGAGUACAUGCCCCCCACGGCAUCUAUCAGCAAAUCGAAGGCAACAAUGAGGCGGGCACAACGCAGUCAACAAUGAGCUACGUUACCAAUGGGGUUAAUCAUAAUGGAUCCAUAGUGGAGUCAAAACGGACGCUCUGUGAACAGGAAAGCGGUCAUCCCAGAAGUGACUUGACGGACACCAAGAACGAGCUCCGGAAUGGCCAGGCUGAGAAUGAACGCCCGCAAGCGCAACAAAGAGCCUCAUGGAGGCAAUCAUUCUUGCAGAGGCUCUUCGGUCGCAAGGUUCCCAAAGCACUCACUACUGUAGGUGUCUCGCGUGCACGAUCCACCUCAGAUCGCGGUAAGAAGUUGAUUAAGAGGGCGAACACCAUACGGUUCUCGUUCGUCACCAAGUACACGCGAAGCGAAAGGAGAGCAGCAACGACCCGGAAGAGUGACGUGGUUUUGACGAGUGGCAGGACGCAGGUAACGGAGCCUACGCAGGAAUCUGUCGCGGAUACCGAAUACAUGGCCUUGCUACGGGAAACGCAGAAUGUCUUCAUCCACACCCAGCAUAUCUCAGGCGGCGCGGUUGUCCACGAUGCAUCUGGGCGUCAAAGGAUCUUGAAAAUUGAUGAAAUUGCACAGCUUUUCCUACAGAUUAAAGACGAACUCUCGGCUGCAAGCAUGUGGUCGCGUAUCCUUCACACCCAGAUGCGAGCCGAGACUGCUCUGGAGCAGGGGAAUUUAGACGUUGCAGAUCUCAAAUUUCGCACUGCCCUGAGAAUGCUCGAUGAGUAUCCAGCAUUGGACAUUGACCAGAACUGCCGAGCGGUAAUUUUUCAUUCCCUGGGACGAACAUAUCGCCAUCUAGAAAGGACACAAGAGGCGACUGUCUGUUAUCUGAAGGCUCUGGGGUUAUUCAAACGGACGUUUGGGCGCGACUAUCCCAAUAACUUCGCCAUUCUGCAUGACCUAGGAGCACUUAGUUCAAAGGAUGUAUAUGCUACAAUAGCAUCAGCUUUAUACGAGCGCUCGUUUGCAGGUCGCUUGAAGACACUGGGGCACAACGCCCCAGAGACCCUAAAGAGCAUGCAGGACCUUGCCGCGCUGAAGGUCGCUUUAGGUGAUUUGGGAUCGGCCCUCCUCCUCCUGGAGAAAGCAGUCCCAGCACUCGAUACGGUUUUUGGGCUGCAACACGAAAGAACGUUAAGUGCAAAAAACCAAUUAUCUCUCCUGUACCACAAACUCAAAUUCCCUAACGAGGCGCGAAUGAUCUGCGGCCGAACCAUCCCUCAAUACAAGGCAGUCUUCGGUAUUACCAGUCCUAUCAUGAGAGAAUCACUCGUUCGGUAUCUUGAAUGCUCUGAGAACUUUGACUUUCCCAGUGAAAUAGAAGAUAUCCUCAACCAAUAUCAACAUAUUCGGGAACCAGACGCGCUGCGAGUUAUCUUUUAUCUAGGAAGAGAAUAUAGCAAAGCGGGCCUACAUCGGGAUGCCGCGAAUAUCCUCGAAACCUUAGUUGAAGACUUCCUCGCCACCAAGGGACCGGAAGCGAUUGAGACGUGGGAUGCUCUGAGUUCCCUCUGUUUCGCAUGCGAACAGCUCGACUCUAUCGACAAGGCCAUACUUGCCUACAAACAGUUAGCCCUUAUGGCACGACGAGCCCCGGAAUUCCGCUACCUGCAGGCGAAAGUUGAUCCCGCCGAGGAGAGAAUAUCGGCCCUCAACGGACGAAGAAAUAUGCUCGCAGCCGAGAGACAAGAAUGGGCGUUGCAUGAGCCUGGGCCAUGUGAGAAGUGCGGCACCCCUACCACCACCUUGUGCAACACCUGCAAGAUCUUCCGCUUCUGCAGUGAUACAUGCCACAAGGCCGGAUCAGCCUCCCAUGCUCCCCAAUGCAUCCCAUCCGUCACCCGUCUCGAAUCCAAGUCCAUCCGGAUGAAGCACAAAUGUCCCGUUGCAGCACGCGAUCUCGCCAUCACCAGAAUCCGCCAAAUCGACACCACCCGACCAGUCAAUAUAACAGCCAGUACCGCUUACCACCUCGAUUAUCGCAAAUUCACCACCUUCCGGCUGAAACUCAACCCCAACGUCAACACAGUCAUCGUCUUCGCCCGCGAAUCCGACAUCCGCUACACCAUGAUCGACAACCCUCCGCGCACCUACCCACCCAGCAAAGUCCAAUGGACCACUCCAGAGCAUCAAGAAUCCAUCUGCUACGCCCCCGCAUCCCCCAAUUCCGACACUACAGAAGAAGCAAGAUACCUUCUCGUCGCCCCAGGGAAGAAAAUGCUCCGCACCUUGGUCGAUAAGCGUGUACGAGUCCGUGGCGGCGGCGGCGAAAAGGAACGCUUCCGAGCCCUUGAUAUCCCCGACGAAGACCUGGUCGAAUACGCCCAGGGACUUGUCCUGGGUGAUUAUCCGUAUGAGCCGUUCAUGUAUAUUUUUGAAUGGGUGUGGAAAGAUUAA